AUGACAACACAUUCAUCAACAACAACAACAACAUCAGGUAUUGAUAAUAAAUCAGCACAAUUUGCAUGGUCAAAGCAUGGUGCAGCCAAGACAGUUUGUAUAGCCUAUGCAUUGGGUAUCGCAAUGGGUGUUGGUAUAUCAGUCUAUUUCUAUUCUGAUUCAUUCCCUACAUUUGGUCUAUACCUAACAUCACUAUCAAUCUUUCAUCUAUGGGAAUACAUUUGGGUAUCAAUGUAUGAUACUUCUAAUCUUUCAAGUGAAUCAUUCUUAUUAAAUCAUAGUAGAGAAUAUCAUUUAGCAUUAUUGGUUGGGUUUUCAGAGUUUUGGAUUGAAUGGUAUUUAUUCCCAUCGUUGAAACAAUUUGGAUGGAUUAGCUUUAUUGGAUUGAUUGGGUCUUUGGGAGGACAAGCACUCAGAACCGUUGCAAUGAUCACUGCCGGUAGAAACUUUUCACAUCUCAUACAAGAAGAGAAACGUAAACAUCACAAAUUGGUGACUAAUGGCAUCUAUCAAUACAUUAGACAUCCAAGUUAUUGUGGAUGGUUCAUUUGGAGUGUAUCAACUCAACUAUUGAUGUUUAAUCCAAUUUGUAUACUAGGUUUUGCCUACGUAUCAUGGCAAUUCUUUAGCGAUAGAAUUGACUAUGAAGAAGACACUUUAAUUGAGUUCUUUGGAAAUGAUUAUAAAGAAUAUAAAAAGAAGAAAAAUUUAAAGAUGGUAAAAGAAGUAGGGAAUACUAAAAUUUCAAUGGAUGAAAUUGAUAUACCAACUACAAAUAAUAGUUUGAACCAUCAGAAUGGACAACAAUCAAUAGAUUUAGAAAAGAGUGAAAUAGAUUUUAAAACAACAUCAUUUAUUUUGGAAAAUGAAUCAAAGAAUAAUAGAUUGAAUAAUAAAGAUGAUGGUGAUGAUUUGGAAAAUAGAGUAUCACCAGAUGAUGAUAGUAGUGAUUUUAAACUUCGACAAUACUUUGAAGAUUCACAAAGAAUGUCAAUAUCAAAUGGAAGUAAACCUAAAAAGAUGGGUAUUAGUGUUCAUAAUUUAUCGGUUAUUGGUAUUGGUGCUGAUGUAUCUGUAAUUAAAGAUAUGUUAUCUCCUUUAUUCUUUAUAUUUAAUCCUUUUAAAUGGAAAAGAAAUAAUGGUAUAACAUUUAAUAUAUUAAAUAAUAUAGAUAUAUUUUGUAAAGAUGGUGAAAUGUUGUUGGUGUUGGGUAGACCUGGUGCAGGUUGUAGUACAAUGUUGAGAAUGAUUGCAAAUGUUCAACGUGACACUUAUGUCAAUGUCAAAGGUACUGUGUCUUAUGGUGGUUUGGAUUCAGAGAGAUGGUCUAGAUAUAGAGGUGAAGCAAUAUACAUUCCAGAGGAAGACUGUCAUUUCCCAACAUUGACACUACACCAAACACUCGACUUUGCUCUCAAGUGCAAGACUCCAGGUAAUAGGUUACCAGAUGAAACGAAACGAUCUUUUCGUCAAAAGAUAUACAAGCUGAUGUUGGAUAUGUAUGGAUUGGUUAAUCAGUCAAAUACAAUCGUUGGUAAUGCCUUUAUUAGAGGGUUAUCAGGUGGCGAGCGAAAAAGAACAACCAUCACCGAAGCAAUGGUCUCAGCAGCACCUAUCAAUUGCUGGGAUUGUUCAACUCGUGGUUUAGACAGUGCAAGUGCAUUGGACUAUGCAAAAUCACUUCGUAUCAUGACAGACACUCUGGACAAGACAACCAUUGCAACCUUUUAUCAGGCAUCUGAAUCAAUCUAUCGUCUAUUUGACAAGGUGUUGGUACUUGAAAAGGGUAAAUGUAUCUACUUUGGUCCAACCGACCAGGCAAAGCAAUACUUUGUAGACUUGGGAUUCGAUUGUGAACCACGUAAAUCAACACCCGACUACUUGACUGGUGUCACUAAUCCACAAGAAAGAAAUAUUCGUCAAGGUUUUGAAAGUAGUGCUCCUCAAACUAGUUUUGAAUUUGAAGAUGCAUGGUUACAUUCAUCGAGUCGUAGUAAAAUGCUUCAAGAACAAAUGCAAUUUGACCAACAGUUGGAAACAGAACAACCAUACAAGAUAUUUGCUCAACAGGUUGAAUCAGAGAAAUCAAAAACGACACCAAACUCUAGACCAUACACUACAUCAUUUUUCACUCAAGUUCGUGCCCUUACGAUACGUCAAUUUCAAAUCAUUUGGGGAAACAAGGUUUCAAUGAUAUCUCGUUACAUUUCAGUAUUGUUUCAAGCAUUUGUGUACGGAUCUUUAUUUUUCCAACAACCAAAUGACAUGAACGGACUAUUCACAAGGUGUGGUGCGAUAUUUGGGUCCAUUCUAUUCAAUUCCUUUUUGUCUCAAGGAGAGUUGAUAGUCACAUUUAUGGGCCGUCAAACAUUACAAAAACACAAAACCUAUGCCAUGUAUCGUCCAUCAGCCUACCACCUGGCUCAAGUCAUAACAGAUCUACCAAUCAUCGCAUUUCAAGUACUUCUGUUCUCAAUCAUUGCCUAUUUUAUGUUUGGUCUUCAAUAUAGAGUGGAACAAUUCUUUUUUUGGAUUUUUAGUAUGAUUGGUCUCACUCUUUGUAUCACCAAUAUUAUUCGUGCGCUGGGCCAUUUCUCUCCAUCUCUGUAUGCCUCUCAAAAUGUAAUGUCUGUCUAUCUCUUGUUACUUCUUUGUUAUGCUGGGUUUACAGUUCCCUAUCCCAAGCUGCAUCCAUGGUUAUCUUGGUUCCUUUGGAUUAAUCCAUUCUCGUAUGGAUUCAAAGCACUCACUUUAAAUGAAUUCGAAAAUAUUAUAUUUGAUUGUAAUCAAACUGCCAUCCCCUAUGGUCCAACUUAUCAACAACAAUCAUCAUAUCGUACAUGUCCUAUUCCUGGUUCUGUUCCAGGUCAACUAUCAAUAUCAGGUGAAUCAUAUCUUAAAAUUUACCUAUUUUGGGUAUUAUUUAUUAUUUUAAAUAUGUUUGCUUUAGAGUUUAUUGAUUGGACAAGUGGAGGAUAUACAAAAAAAGUAUAUAAAAAAGGUAAAGCACCAAAGAUUAAUGAUUCAAAUCAAGAAGAAAAAAAGAUAAACAAAAUGGUUCAAGAAGCAAAUGAAAAUAUAAAGAAUAUGUCAUUGGAUUGUGGUGGUGGUGUAUUAACUUGGCAACAUAUAAAAUAUACUGUGCCAGUACCAGGUGGAAAGAGAUUGUUAUUGGAUGAUAUACAAGGUUGGAUUAAACCAGGACAAAUGACAGCUCUCGUGGGAUCAACAGGUGCCGGUAAAACGACACUUCUCGAUGUGUUGGCCAAGAGAAAGACAUUGGGAACUGUACAAGGUGAUAUUCGUCUAAAUGGCAAACCACUUGAAAUCGAUUUCGAACGUAUCACUGGUUACAUUGAACAAAUGGAUGUUUUUAGUCCAAAUCUAACUGUUCGUGAAGCACUUAGAUUCUCUGCAAAGAUGCGUCAAGAUCCAAAAGUACCAAUAGAUGAAAAAUACCAAUACGUAGAGUCAAUCCUCGAAAUGAUAGAAAUGAAACACCUUGGUGAUGCUCUCAUUGGUGAUUUGGAAAGUGGUGUUGGUAUAUCAGUUGAAGAACGUAAACGUCUAACUAUUGGUAUUGAAUUGGUUGCCAAACCUCAUAUCCUUUUCUUGGAUGAACCUACAUCUGGUCUUGAUUCACAAUCAUCAUAUAAUAUUAUUAAAUUUAUUCGUAAACUUGCAGAUGCUGGUAUACCAUUGGUUUGUACCAUUCAUCAACCAUCACCUGUAUUGUUUGAAUAUUUUGAUAGACUAUUACUUCUUGCAAAGGGAGGUAAAAUGGUUUAUUUUGGUGAUAUUGGAGAAAGAUCAAGUUUAUUGACAUCUUAUUUCACUCGGUAUGGUGCUAGACCAUGUACUGAAUCAGAAAACCCUGCAGAAUAUAUACUUGAAGUCAUUGGAGCUGGUGUUUAUGGAAAAUCAAAUGUUGACUGGUCCAACACUUGGAAGAGUUCACCAGAGUACCAACAAGUUACUUUGGAAUUGGAACAACUUAGUGGUAUCACCACAAACAAUCUAUCCUCCUCUUUAUCUUCUUCCUCAUCCUCCUCACCACCUAGAGAAUUUUCUACACCACUUGCCUAUCAAAUAUGGCAAGUAUAUAAAAGAAUGAAUAUUAUUUAUUGGAGAGAUCCAUUUUAUUCAUUUGGUCGAUGGGUUCAAGGUAUUGUUGUUGGACUCAUCAUUGGUCUAACAUACUUUAAUCUUCAAUUCUCAUCAUCCGAUAUGAAUCAAAGAGUGUUUUUUGUGUUUCAAGGUAUCAUUCUUGGCAUCAUGAUGAUAUUUGCAUCACUUCCACAACUAUUUGAACAACGAAACACCUUUAGACGAGACUAUGCCUCAAGACUUUACCAUUGGAUCCCGUUUGCAUUGUCAAUGGUAGCAGUCGAACUACCAUACCUAGUUGUUACAAGUACUCUAUUUUAUGUGUGUGCCUAUUGGUUGGCAGGACUUGGAUCAGAUGCAGAAACCAACUUUUACUUUUGGUUAACUUUUACCUUGUUUCUAUUCUUUUGUGUGUCGAUUGGUCAAGCAGUUGGUGCAUUCUGUGAAACAAUGUUCCUGGCAAAGUUUGUCAUACCAGUGAUCAUUGCAUUUCUCUUUUUGUUUUGUGGUGUACUUGCCCCGCCACAAAAUAUGCCUCUAUUUUGGAGAUCGUGGAUCUAUCACUUGAUGCCAACUAGAUACCUCAUGGAAGGAUUUGUUACCAAUAUUUUAAAGGAUGUAAAUGUACGUUGCACAGACGAGGAUCUAAUUCGAUUUACCUCUCCACCAGGACAAUCUUGUGAACAAUACACUCAACCAUUUAGUCAAUACAGUACUGGAUAUACCCAACAACUAUCGUCACCACAAAACGACACAUGUGGGUAUUGUAUCUACUCUAAUGGUUCUGAAUACUAUCAUACACUUGGUUGGAGUGAAAGUAAUCGAUAUAGAAAUCUAUUGAUUAUUGUAGUUGUUCACUGCAGUUUAUGCGUGGUGUCUGCACAAGCACUUGGUGAUACAGCUCAAAGAUUAGUCAAUGAGAUUUCAUCUAAUUAUCAACAUACAUUGUCAUGGUGGCCAAAUAUGGAAAGUGCUCUGGAUAAAAAUACUAACUAA